UGAAGGUAAUGGAGUUUCUCUCCUCAUCUAUAUUUUCUCCAAGACCAACAGGGAAGAACGACGACAUGAGAGCAACCUUCGAUUCCCAAGAUGCUUGUAGUUCACGGAUAUGGCGGGCCCGACUCGGAUUUUCUUACAAUAAUUUAAGAGCUUAAUUAAGGAGAAAGAAAAAAAAAAAAGGGAUUUUGCAAGCUUUUGUGGCGUUUACGUUAAGCUGCGGAGAACUAAUAUGGUUGGUUUUCAUUUCCUACCAAAAACCGAAGCUGCCAUUGCUGAGAAUAAUAAAGUUUCCUCGACGUUAUCAUCUGGGUUUUCUGUGUUUACUUGUUGUCAAGAAGGGUUCGUCUUCCAGAUAAGUUUCCUGAUUAGAUAUCGUGGUUAUUGCAAGUAGAAUAAAAGAAUCUUUUUGUUUCAGAAUUUUUUUUUUUCUGAUUUUUCUGUGAUUCUCUUUCUAAAUUUCAUUUGAAUUUGUACUCUGUAUAUUUUGGGUGGUUCUGUAUCUGUAGUUGUAGAGGAAUUGGGGUGUUUGGAGGAUUUUUUUUGUCAGAACACAAUUGUGGGCUGGGUGAGGUAUAAUAGAGGUUUUUUUUUUUUGUGGCUCUGGAUUCAUCGUAUUGCAGAGCAGCUCGGUGUCGACUUACCGGAGAACGAUCUUCUUUGAUUGGGUUUGGAUUUAAUUAAGUUCUUUGACUGGGAGGAAACUAGAGUAGUUUCCGGAUUAGAGAUGGGGAAACCUACAGGGAAGAAGAAGGCACAGCCACAGUCAAAAGGGAAAUCUGGUGGUGCAAAUGCGAAGCAGAACAAAUCCGGGGACCAGGGCACUAAGGCUUAUGACAAGGACACAGCUGUCUUCAUCACCAUGUCUCAGGGGCUGAAAGAGGAAGGGAACAAGCUUUUUCAACAGAGGGAUUAUGAAGGAGCCAUGUUGAAGUAUGAGAAAGCCCUCAAGUUGCUACCCAGAAACCACAUAGAUGUAGCCCACCUUCACAGUAACAUGGCUGCUUCCUACAUGCAUAUGGGAGUGGCCGAUUACCCCAAGGCCAUCAGAGAGUGCAAUUUGGCUCUUGAAGUGGCGCCCAAGUACAGUAAAGCUCUCUUGAAGAGGGCUCGGUGCUAUGAAACUAUUAACAGACUUGAAUUAGCCUUGAGAGAUGUUAAUACGGUUCUUAGCACGGAGCCAAAAAAUCUCACAGCAUUGGAGCUUGAAGAAGGUUUGAAGAAGGCAAUUGAGAACAAGGGUAUCCAGGUGGGGGAUAAAGGGAUCAUUUUGGCUCCAGAAAACAUUGAAUAUCUUCCUGAUUCACCGCCAUGUAUAGUUAAAGAGAAGAACAAAAAGAAAAGCCAUAAAAAUGAGAAAAAGAAAGCUGAAGACAAAGCUGAGGAGAAGAAAAUCGAGGGUAAAAUUGAUGAAAAGAAAGCUGAAGACAAAGCUGAGGAGAAGAAAAUCGAGGGUAAAAUUGAUGAAAAGAAAGCUGAAGACAAAACUGAGGAGAAGAAAAUUGAGGGCAAAAUUGAUGAAAAGAAAGCUGAAGACAGAGCUGAGGAGAAUAAAAUUGAAGGCAAAAUGGAUGAAAAGAAAGCUGAAGAUAAGGUGGUUGUGGAAGAAAAUGUUGGUAGUAUAAAGAAAGAAGAAGCCACUAGAACAGUGAAAUUCGUGUUUGGAGAGGAUAUAAGAUGGGCUCAACUACCGGUUAAAUGUAGUAUUGUGCAGCUGAGGGAGACAGUUAGAAAUCGCUUCCCAAGCUCAAAGGCAGUUCUUAUCAAAUACAGGGAUCAAGAAGGUGAUUUGGUUACAAUCACCACCACUGAAGAGCUGGGAUGGGCUGAAGCGUCAGCAUAUUCUCAGGGUUCACUUAGACUCUACAUUGUAGAAGUUCAUCCUGAGCAAGAGCCAAUAUUCGAGGCAAUAGAAAAUGGUAAAGACGAGGAGAAGUCCUGGAAGAACCAAAAUAAAAUUGCCGAGAUUGACGAGAAUGGUAAUGGGGAAAUGGAAACUAGGCCAACUUGUAUUGAUGACUGGAUCAUCCAGUUUGCUUGUCUGUUCAAGAACCAUGUUGGGUUCAAUUCGGAUGCAUAUUUGAAUCUUCAUGAACUUGGGAUGAAGCUUUAUUCAGAAGCUAUGGAGGAUACUGUUACAAGUGAAGAAGCUCAAGGCCUUUUCGAUAUUGCUGCAGAGAAGUUCCAAGAGAUGGCAGCUCUAGCCCUGUUCAACUGGGGAAAUGUUCACAUGUCGAGGGCAAGGAAGAGGGUGUUCUUUACAGAAGAUGCUUCAAGUGAAUCCAUACUUGAACAGGUUAAAACGGCAUAUGAGUGGGCACAAAGAGAAUAUGUGAAAGCGGGAAACCGAUAUGAAGAAGCUCUAAAAAUCAAGCCGGACUUCUAUGAAGGCCUUCUUGCACUUGGGCAACAGAAAUUUGAGCAAGCAAAACUUUCUUGGUAUUAUGCUAUAGGGCACAAAGUUGAUCUGGAGACAUGGCCAUCUUCAGAAGUUAUAGAGCUUUUCGACGGUGCUGAAGACAAUAUGGAGAGGGGAAUGCAGAUGUGGGAGGAGAUGGAGGAGCAGGGUCCUAUUGAACUCUUGAAACCAGAUAAGGCAAAAACCCAGUUGAAGAAAAUGGGGUUGGAUGGGCUAUUUAAAGAUGUAUCAGCAGAAGAAGCAGCAGAGCAGGCUGCAAAUAUGAGAUCUCAAAUAAAUCUUUUAUGGGGUACCAUGCUGUAUGAGCGGUCUAUUGUGGAAUUCAAAUUAGGGAUGCCUGUCUGGGAAGAAUGUCUGGAGGUUGCUGUUGAAAAAUUUGAGCUUGCUGGAGCUUCUCCAACUGACAUUGCUGUUAUGAUAAAGAAUCAUUGCUCCAAUGAAACUGCACCAGAAGGUGUGGGGUUCAAAAUUGAUGAGAUAGUACAGGCAUGGAAUGAGAUGUAUGAUGCUAAAAGGUGGCAGAGUGGUGUUCCAUCCUUCCGGCUGGAACCAUUAUUUCGAAGACGAAUUCCAAAACUUCAUCAUCUCUUGGAGAAUGUGUGAUCUAUCUUUCUUUGAUUUAUCUGGAUCAGAGUUUAAGCCAGCAUUCUUUAGAGCAGUGAAAGGAGUCAGUUUUGUUGCUCCAUUGUCCAGUAGCUGCAUUGGUGCUGAAUGAAAUAGUUGCAUAUUGGCUGAAAAAACACAGCAUCCAGCACUGCAGGGAGCUUUCAAAUUGAUCUGAACUCACCAUCAUCAAGGUUCAAAAGUUAUUUUUAGAUUUUUUAUGCUACAUUGGCUGUUCUUGAUUUGAUGUUAGAAACUAAGAAAAGAAGAAGGUUGUUGGUUUUGGAAUGGAGUAUUGUGUGUGAACUGAGGAGCCAAUUAUGUCAAUUAAUUCUUCAUCUGGGAAACAGGAGCUCUCCUCUCGAAAAGAUUGUGUGAAGUAGCAGAGACUUCUUUUUGUUGGUUUCUGCAUCUACCCCUGGUUUCUCCCAAGAUUGUAAAAAAUUUAGUGGAAGAUUUCAUUUGUAAUUUAUUCCUUAACACGUGAUAAUAUAUGGCUUGUUUGUUUAAGGGGUCUGUACUUUAUUAAUACAUGCCAUUUUCCUCAUUUGUAAUUUUUGUGAGUUUUAUAUAGGAAAACAGUUUUCUUUA